AGUCUGUUUUCAAAGCCUAGAGUGGCAACUGUUUAUUCUCCUUUCGCCGCUGCGUUCACCACGCCCUCUCGUCCUCCUCGUGCGCUGCGUCGGCCUUCCAUACUGAGAAGGGUUGGUGUGGAAUACAGAGGAAGAGAUGAAGUGGCUCGUUUUUUUUCUUCUGCGCGUUGCCAUCAGCGUUUGUUCAUUAAGACCGGUUGCUGAUAGUUUUUUUCUUUAAUUUGUUAAUCGAAAAGGGUUAUUUAGUUGCUGCGAAGCAACAACUCUGCCGCGCACCUCUUCCUUUUUUCCCCUCUAAGUCCGAAGCCGUGGUGGUUGAGUUGGCGUUCUCUGCCCCUCGCGCACUCCACUGCUCCCGAUGGAAGCGCGUUUCAACGACGCCAUCCACAGCCAUUCCUCUCACCACCUCAGCCAUCUCGCCACGGUGCUUAAUAGCGCGAUUCGAGUCACCUUUUCGGUGACAUCUCGUCUUGCUGCGUGGACGCGAUGGACUUCUGCGCCGGUCUCGCAGGAGAGCUGGACGUUGUACCGCGGCACGGCGGUCUUCAUCGUCGUCAUCACGGCGCUGCGUGUCAGCAAAGGUUGGUGCUUUGGCAACGGUGUCUACCUGCGUCGGCGCGUGCUUCUCCUCGCUCAUAUACGAACGUGGGUGUUGGAGUGGGAGGCCCGCUGCUUGGACGAGGUGGAGGCGUGUUGCGCAGACGUGGAUGGAGAGGCGACGUCUGUGCUGACAGCGUUGCUCGGUGCCGACGGCGCCGCAACGAUGGUGGAAAGUUGGAAAGGACCAUCCUCGCCCUCGUGCGCUCGCACUCGCACCUCCUUCUACGGCAUUACGUGUUCCAUGGCGUUUUCGCCUGACUUGCCGCUUGAGGAGAUGCUGGAGCUGGCCUACGUGGCGCCGUACGUGUUGCACCUCCACGACGACCGGGCGUGGCUGGAGCGGUUCAUACGGCUCCUGCAGUAUAUCCUGCUGCGGCGUGUGUCGUUGAUGGAGGAGGCACGGCUGUACGCCCAGCUCUAUCGCCGCAUGUUGUUUCCCGUAACGAAGCAAGCCGAUGGGUGCCAGAGACGGCAGGGGCGAGGCAGCAAUGGCGGCAUCGGCGGACGAGGGAAAACCUCCUUCCUCUUUUCUGCGAGCAAAAGCCGCGUGUCUGCGUGGCGGCUGCACCGACGUCCCACCUGGUUGGUGCCGCUUGCUGCCGCAGCCUCCGCCGCGCCAUCUUCCUCUCCCAUCAGCUUCCCUUAUCUGUGUCUUCCGCUCAGCUACUUUCCUGUCGAGUCCGUGCUGCCGUACACCGCGGCGGAGUCGUGGCUGAGUGAGCGACUGCUCAAACCGCUGCUGCCAAAGUGGAGGAGGGGUUGUACGCGUACGCUGCGCGACUGGUCUGCGUUGAACUGUACCUCCACCACAGGUGUGAAGAAGGAAGUCCAUCACGGAAUUGCGGCGUGCAAGGUCAGUUACUGGUUUCUGCACUACGCGGCCCCGCUCCUGCGUACGCAGCUGGAGCUGCACCGCGAAGCCGCUCGAUGCUUCUACACGAAGAAGUUAUACGAUUUGGCCUAUCCGGACGAGGAAGAGGAAGAGGAGUAUUCCACCUCUGAAAAGGCAGGUGCACUUCACCGACGGGUGGGCCGUGGGUCAAUGCGGCUUCUCUUUCACAGUGCCGGUAGUUGGUGCUCAUGGAGACGGCGAGGCAAGGGAAAUGGUGCCGUCGACCCCCCGGCUACUGCCGACACACCCAUUAUGGCAGGAUCAGAUGACGUUUCUGCUGCGAGCGUAGACAUGGGACAACGCGUACGCCGUGCGCUGCUGCUCCGUGCCUUUUCACAAGGUGUGUCGAUCACCCUGCAAGUCUGCUUUCCUCGCUUGUCGCUGCGGCAUGUAACCGAAAUGGCUGCCACGGGCUACUGCCUGAGCGCCGCCGGUGCCGUAUCGUCUCCUGACGCCACGCCAUCUGCUUCUACCUCUGCAGAUCCCUCCCCACCUUCUUCCACGCCCACCGUUGACGCGUUACUGAACUCCCUCGCCGCACAAAUGGCGUGGUCCAUCGCCGCCGGUGUUGCUGAGGUUUUCCUGCAGCGUAUUAUUGGUACGAUUGGCGGUCGCCUCUCCGAGAGGAUCGCCGCGGACGUCACGACGGCGCUGGAGGAGAACUUGCUACACGUGGACGAGGCAUUUUUUCGACGGUGGCUGCGCGGCGCAUCGCUCGAGAGCGGUGGGUCGUCUUCGCCGCCGCCGCAAAAACUUCGGUCCGGCUCUGCGGGGUCGUACUUUGUGCGACGCCCACCCUCAGCGGAUGACGUGCUCAGCGUGGGCCGUCGCAGCGGAGAGAAGGUGAUGGCGGUGCACGACGCCGUGGUGAAGCGGUGGCUGCGCUGCACGGUGCUGGGUUUGCGUGCCGCGGCGACGCGAGAGUGGCGGCCGCUUGUCGGGGCCGUGGCGACGGCCUGGGUGGAUGUGCCGAAGCUGACAUCUGCCUUUUCGGUCCGCGUUGGCUACUCGCUUCCCCAGGACGUGGCGCGUCUGCUGUCAAGCAAAGAGGGGAGUCUACCCAGCCGCAGUCCAGCAGGGCUGCGACUGCUGAUGGAGGUGCUCGUGGAAGAAGCAGAAGCCUUGGAGGAAUCGCAAGGUGCGUCACGUAAUGCCGCGUCACUGUGGAGGAGAAUACGCACGGCAGGCCGUUUUUCGUCAUUGUCGCAUCCUUUUCUCGCUCUGCUGGUGUGCGCGAGGGUGUGGAGCUUCGACCACAUGCUCGGCGAGGCGCAGCAGAGUGCGGCGACGCUCUCGAGACGAGUGCGGGGCGCGCGCCGGUUGCACACCACCGUUGCAACGUUUUCUUUCGCGCACGUCGGAGCCGUCAGGUGUGCAGCGUCAUCUUUAUCAGCUCCACACGUGCGGAAUGCGGUGGCUGCGCUGCAGGACGACGCGCGCUGUAUUGCCUACUACAGCCUCUACCAUAUCGAGCACAUAUGCCAUGCUCGCACCGCUCUAUCGACUACCGCUGGUGCCGCCGCGGCGAACACGCUGCAUCCCCUGCUCGAUGCCGAGGAGACGCAGCUCUUACAGACGCCUAGCGCCCUGGCGUACCUCCCAGAGCACGUCGACUUCCGUGACCUCUUUUCGCUGCCCUACCGCUUCAUCCUCCGCCAGCUUGGACUGGAGAUGGUAUUUGCGUACCGCACCGCGAUGGGCAUGCAGCAGGAAUCGCGGCAGAUGACGGAGGAGUGGUGGACGCUGACGCUCUUCAACAGUACCUUCAACCCUCUUACCUCGGCGCUGCAGGAGUGUGUGCAACUCCUCGCCGCCUGCGGCACCGUGGGGCUCCUCUGCACGCGUGUCGACGGCAGAGGCCAGCUCUGUUUUGCCCCAACGACACUCACGAGCGUGUUGCAGUCCUCACAUCUCAUGCACGUGUAUCGAGAGGUGCUGCGCAGCGGGGUAGCACUGCGUCAGUUGGAAGAGAACGUGUGCCCGGUGCAGCAGCUGUGCGAGUGGCUGCCAUGCACGAUCUGGUCGGAGCGCAGUGCUCUGCAAGCCGCCACAGAUUGCCAGGAUGGCCCUGCGCACGAUGAGGAUAGAAAUAGUGCCUCCUCGCCCUCGUACAUGUAUCAGUACAAGCGUUGUGGUCCAUCAACACUUCAGCAGCGUCGCCGUCUGUGGCGCCGGCACCUCGCCCGCCACCGGCCGGAGCUACUCUUCGACCACGACGACCGCAUCGUCGGUGGACUGCGCCUUCGCCGCGGCGUGAGCUGGCACCACGUCUUCUUCGCCUACCCCCAGCUCUUCGGUGCGGAGCAUGAAAACGGGAUGUCGGGCGGCGCGCGCGGUGCGGUGCGGCCUACCCUGUCCGACGUGACCUUCACGUGCCCGCCCAUCGGCAUGACGGCCGUCAUUGGUCCCAGCGGCGCCGGCAAGAGCUCGCUGAAUCUGCUGUUGCGGCGUCUGUACGAUCCAGUGCCGGUGAUCCAACAAGACCAGCCUGACGCUGGAGGUGGGAAAGCAUCUCUGGACGAGGUGGGGCUGCAGUUGGAGGCGGAGGACAUGCUGCUGGAAGCGCUCCGACUCGCGCACGUUGCGAACGUGUUGCCCCUUCCUUCUCUUCUACUGAGGUCGUCUCCUCUGCCUCGCACGAUGCGCACAGCCGUGAAUGCAGCAUCCCCAAACACACAAUCGAACAGCUACGGCAUAUGGAUUCGCCCCGGCUACCUCGCGCUGGACGAGAUCCCGCUGUCGCUCUUCGCCGCCACUUACAUCCGUCAGUGGUUCGCGUGGCUGCCGCAGACCCCCACGAUUCUCCCACAGUGCAGCUUCCUGCAGAAUGUCCGUGUAACGUCGCCCUUCGUGACGGACGGCGACGCCGAGAGCGCGCUGCAGCUGUGCGGCUGUCGCGACUUUAUCGAAGACCGUCACCGCACGAUGCACGACCUCGUGGGCCCGCUCAGUGGGGGCGAGGGGCAGCGACUGGCGCUGGCGCGCGUGUUGGCGAGCGUGUACGCGCGGCGUCGCGUCGAGGUUAUUCAAAGCUGCUGUUACAACGGUGAAGAGGAGGACGACGGUGUUGAAGACGGCUGCGGUGCUGUGGGUGGCGUGGCGUUGGAUGAACCGACCAGUCGCCUGGACGCGAUCAAUGAGCUUCGUCUUCUCGCGUCGUUGACCGCACUGCGAGAGAGCCGAACCACCGGAUUGGAAGCCGACACUUCCCCCAUCAGCAGCGUGUCAACCCCGCUGCUUCCGCUGUUUGUGUGGAUGAUCUCGCACCGCAUGUCAUCGCUGCGCUCUGCCAUCUUCAUGGUGGUGGUCGAGGACGGCGCGGUCACCGCGACGGGGUCCCCGCGCGAUGUGCUGCAGCGCAACAUCUUUGCCCGGAAACAGUGGCAGUAUCAACACCUGCGGCGUGCCGCGGAAGGUCUGGAAAUCGACGUGGCCGGCGAUGACGAGGUCGGCGUUGGGUUGUGA